AAGUGACAGAGGUGGUGGUGGUGGGGUCUCCCCCCCCCCCACUCCUUUUCUCUUUCUGACGUCUCUCUUUCCUCCUUUUCUUUCCCUAUAAAGAAUUCCAGGCUUGCAUUGAGCAUCCCAGCAAAAGCAAUCCGUCUGGGAGGAGCUGGAGUAAGGAGAGAGAGAGAGCAGACCUCUGGGAGGCAGCAGUAGAGCUGGUCGCUUCUUCCCGGCUUUCUGCCCCUCCGCCCCAUCACAACAUUAGAUCCUCGUGAGUUCCUGGGAACUUAAUGUGGUUCUUUUCUUCUUUUCUCUCAGGCAUCCUCACCAUCCAUUGGAAAGCCUGAGCAAGUUUGGAAGCUUCAAACUUCGGUCCCCCCACAGCGGGAGCUGCAGCAGCAGCAGCACCUGUGCCUCCCUGGCUGACCAGGGAGAGCUCGGGUGAAGCUGCAAAGAACCCCCCUCAAGCCGAGAGAGAGAGAGAGAGAGCUGGUUACUUUCUACCAGAAAUAAUUGCAGCCCAGUAGAAGACUGCACGAGAGAGACUUCUGUUGGGGUGCCUGCAAACUUUUGUUGGAGUGACUCGCUGAUUAUUUCUCCCAUCUUAUUAAUCGCUUCUAGGGGCUGCUCUUCCUUUAUCAAACUGAGCCACCCUACAUAAAAAAACACCUUCUAGAUCAGAAAGGAUUUUCUUUCUUUCUUUUAAACGACAAAUUAAGAUUUGCAUCACCAGAAAAAAAGAAAGAGAGAUAAACUUUUUUCACCCCAGCAGUGAGUGGAGCAACAAGUGAGAACAGCGCUGGACGUCUCCUCCAGCCCAGACAGCUAGCUUGCAAGCACCUCAGCUUGCUUGCUGCUCAAGCGGGCAUCCUUUGGCAGUACUCAUCAUCCUCCUCAUCCUCCUCUUGGCAGCUUUCUGAAGAAUCUGCUUCAACUGCAACUGAAAAUGUUGCCAGACCUCAGGAUUUCCCUGCUGCUUUCCCUUCUGCAUGGACUGCUGUCGCUUCAAGGUCAUGCAAAGGAACUGCGGCUGAUGAAACCAGAGUUGAACUUGAACAGUGACCAUAUUAUAGUUGCUGCCGGAAAGCCUUUCACAAUCACUUGCCGGGGCUCACCUGGUUUGACUUGGACCUGGAGAAAUGACAAGGAUGGCAAUCGGUGGCAGGUAUUCGAAAAGAAAUGCCCAGACAGGUCACAUCACACCUGCAGCACCCUUGUGGUCAACCGAGCUGUUGCCAAUGACACAAGCUACUUCACCUGCCUUUACAGCAACCUUCCAUCAAACAAAGAACUCAAGGCCAAGUUAUACAUUUUCGUCAGAGAUAACACACAGCCUUUUGUAGACUUCCGCCCAAGUGUUCCUGAUGUUAUCUUCGUACACAAUGCUACAGAAGUGAUCGUGCCUUGCCGGGUCACCUCGCCGGAUAUCACACCAACACUCCUGCUGCAUCCUUCCAGCAAUGUUGUGAGGUCUGUGAAGAUGGAAUGGGACCCCAAGAGAGGAUUUGUGGUCACUUUGCCCACCUAUGAGUUCUUCAGUAGCAUGCUCAAGUGUGUUGCUACAGUCAAGGGAGAUGAAUACACAUCCUACUAUGUGCCACAGAAAGUAGAGACAAGGAUACAGAACCUGGUUCUCAAAACAAGUCCCCAAAAGCUGCUGGUUGGAGACAACCUUAACCUGGAAUGCAGAGCGGAGACAUUUUUCAAUGGACGCAUUGAAUUCGUAUGGACAAUUCCUGGAAGGACUGAAACCAAGGUUGAAAAUACAUUCGACCUAAGUGAGUCAGUGUAUAAAGCUUCUUCUAAUGUGGUCAUCAAGAAUGUUACAAUGGAAAACAAGGGGUUGUAUGUAUGCAGAGGCAUAAUUGCCAAUACAACACAAUUAAAAUCAGAGGCCAACAUCACUGUAUACAGGGAAGCUUUCAUCAAAGUUUCCUUUAAGAAAAUCAAUCCCUAUGAAGUUAUCGAAGGGCAAAAGAUGCUGAAAUUGUCUUGGAAGGUUCAAGCUGUCCCCCGCCCCAUAGUGACCUGGUACAAGGAUGGCAAGAAGCUGACCAAUGCUAACAGUGACUGCUAUGAACUAGAUCCACUGAAGUACAGGCUUAUCAUAAGGGACGUGAAACCAAAGCAUGCUGGGAAUUACACCAUAACCCUGAGCAACACUAAGCAUAAUCUCCAUGAACAACACACUGUCGAGCUGGAUGUAUUAGAGAGACCCAGGAUUUAUGAAAAGGAGACAGAUUUUUCUAAAAUGGAGCUGGUCACAAAAGGAGGAGAGCAGAGCCUCCAGUGCACAUCAAGUGGGAACCCUCUGCCCACCAUACAUUGGGAAUGGGAGCCAUGCAGUCAUGAAGACAACCUAUGCAAGCAACGAGGGAAAAGGAUCAAGGUGGAAGAAACCAUUGGCCGUGAAAUCACCUACCCAGCAAAUAAAAUCAAAUCCAUUGAACCUAAGUACAUAAGACAUGGCAAUAAAUUAAAGAUCAUAAGCACCCUGGAAACCACAGCAAGCAAUGUCUCUGGGGUCUAUUUCUGUGUGGCUUCCAACAAGGUUGGCACAGAAGAAAGAAGCAUUAGAUUCUAUGUCUCAGAUGUGCCAUCCCAACUACAGACUGAGCCACAAAUCACAGCCAUUGUAGCAAGCAACGUCCAGUUGACCUGCAAGUCCUCCAAGUACAUCUACAACCACCUCUCUUGGUACAACCCCACCUUGCAGGCCGUUCCUGAUGCUUUGAUGCAGAAGAAGGUGGACAACUAUUCCAUCUACUUGACGUUGGGCCUUAAGAAUGUCUCACAGGCCCACGCUGGCCUAUACAGGUGCAGAGCCCGAAGCCACCCAAAUAGCACUGAGGGGCUGGAGAAAAACACCAUGCUCAACAUCAAAGCUAAGACUGUGCCUUACAUUAUGGAGAACUUCACAGACUUUGAAGUUAAUGUUAGUGGGAAAAUUGUUCUGGAGUGCAAAGUAAAUGGGACACCCAAACCCACAAUUGCUUGGCUGAAAAAUGGCUAUCCAAUUGCACCUGCUUCAGGAAUUUCCAUGGAAAACAACACCCUGGUGAUUGAGCGAGUGAAAAAGGACGAUGAGGGUCACUAUAAGUGCAAGGCCAUCAAUGAAAUGGGCCAAGACAGCACCCAAGCAUUUAUUAAAAUAGAAGGCUCCGAGGAAAAGUCCAAUAUUGAAGUAAUCAUUUUGGUUUGCACUGGUUUAGCAGCCACCCUCUUCUGGCUCCUCCUCACCCUCUUCAUACGGAAACUGAGAAAACCAGAUGCCACAGAUAUUAAAACAGGAUACUUGUCAAUCAUAAUGGAUCCUGAGGAGAUGCCGCUUGAUGAGCAGUGCGAGCGUCUCCCAUAUGACAGCAGCAAGUGGGAAUUCCCAAGGGACCGGCUGCGGCUAGGUAAAACUCUGGGUCAUGGUGCUUUUGGGAAAGUGGUGGAGGCAUCUGCUUUUGGCAUAGAUAAAUCUUCAACCUGCAAAACUGUUGCUGUUAAAAUGCUUAAAGCAGAGUGCUCAACGACCAACGAGCGCAAGGCUUUGAUGUCUGAACUGAAGAUCCUCAUUCAUAUUGGACACCACCUGAAUGUCGUCAACCUGUUGGGUGCCUGCACUAAGCCAGGAGGUCCUUUGAUGGUCAUUGUAGAAUACUGCAAGUAUGGAAACCUGUCUAAUUACCUACGAGGAAAACGAGGAGACUUCAUCGCAUGCAAGCCUCAGGAAAAUCCAGACCCUGCAGAGAAAGAACUGGAAGCAUACAUCAGCGAUUUAACAGAGCUGAUCAAGAGGCGCCUGGAGAGCGUGGCAAGCACAGGAAGCUCUGCAAGCUCAGGAUUCAUUGAAGACAAGAGUUACACAGACUCAGAAGAAGAGGAGGAAGAUAUUGAAGAUCUCUACAAGCGCCCCCUGACCUUGGAGGACUUGAUUUGCUACAGCUUCCAGGUCGCCAAAGGCAUGGAGUUCUUGGCCUCCAGGAAAUGCAUUCACAGGGAUCUGGCAGCCAGGAACAUUCUGCUGUCUGAAAACAAUGUGGUGAAGAUCUGUGACUUUGGAUUGGCCAGAGAUAUUUACAAAGAUCCUGACUAUGUGCGGAAAGGCGACGCGAGACUUCCUCUGAAAUGGAUGGCUCCAGAAGCUAUUUUUGACAAAAUUUACACCACGCAGAGUGAUGUUUGGUCUUUUGGUGUGUUGCUGUGGGAAAUAUUUUCUCUAGGGGCAACACCAUAUCCAGGUGUGCAGAUUGAUGAGGACUUCUGUCGACGCCUCAAGGAAGGGACAAGGAUGAGAUCACCAGAAUAUUCAACUCCAGAAAUCUACAAGACCAUGCUGGAUUGCUGGCAUGGAGUCCCGACAAAGAGGCCCAACUUCUCCGAACUUGUGGAACGUUUAGGAGACUUGCUCCAGGCAAACGUUCAACAGGAUGGGAAAGACUACAUCCCACUGAACAUUACAUUGUGCCCAGAUGGAGAUUCCAAACCCAAAAUCAGCAUCCUUGAAGAGAAUGUGAGGAAGGGUUUUCAUCGCUGGAGUACACUGGAAGCUUAUAUUAACCCCAAGAAUCGGCCGCUCAGUGUGAAAACAUUUGAUGAGGUGUCAGUGAAGAAAGAAAAAAAAUUGCAUGAGGAAUGCGAGUCAGAUAGCGGGAUGGUGCUGACUUUGGAUGAAAUAAAAAGCCGGAAGAGAUUGGAGAUUCGUUCUUGGCCUUAUGGAAUCAUGGCUCUGGCGAGAAAAGCCAUCAACAAGAGCAAAGAGUCUGUAUUCUCGGAGAACGAGCGCGAGGCUGUGAAGUACCUGUCAGCAACACAGGUGAACGAUGCCGUCCAGGAACAGUAUGUUCUCCUGCCAGUUGAUCCCACCCUGGAGUGCCACAGCCCACCUCCUGACUACAACUCAGUAAUUCAGUACUCUGCUCCUCCAGUGUAACUGGCUCAGGGCUGCUCCUCUUCAUUUUACACAUCUUUCACCAUACAGUAUAUUCAUCAAGCUUCCUAUUUGUGCUGCCUGCUUAAUAGAAUCAGUGGGGUGUUCUUUUCACGCAAAAAGGGGGAUAAGAGAUCACACUCUUAUCCAGGUCCAUCUCUCCAAGGUAUUAAACCCCCAAAGCAGAUAGAAGUCCUUUGAAGAGCAGCUGUCUUAAAGGGUAUAUUUCUGCUGAUCUUUUAUUUUCUAACCUUCUGUGCAGCAAAAUUGUUUAAAGGGGAAAAAAUGCAGUUUUACCCAUUGCAUUGUCAUUCUUUGGGGGCGUCUUUCUCAAAGCUUUGGGAUAUACACUGAAAAUUCUGGUUCUGUUAACAGGGGCAUAUUCUUCAGGGAUCACUUCUCUCACACUUUCAGGUAGAAAUAAGAAUUUCUCUUUUCCUCAUUUUUGGUUCCUUAUUAUCAUUACCAAAUUUACAUCUGCCAGAAUCCCACCCCUUUCCCAGUCCACAUCAGAUUACAAUGAGCUUGCACUGCAAAACAGAUAAAAGCUAAUAAGGGAAUAAUUAGAUGAGCUCAUUCUUUUCCAGAGCAAACUUCCCUUCCCUCUUUCUCCCAAUGAAAAAUCUGACAAUUGUAACUGUGUAACUGCCAUGACUUCCCCCAAAGAGCCCUGGAAAUUAUAGUUUAGGAAGGGUGUGGGAUAAUUCUCCAUUACAAAUCCCAGGCCCCCUCCCAGCCCUUUCCUCAUAGAAAUCUCCCUUGGAGGAGAAAAUGAAGAUUACAUAACAUCCUUUUCCCUGGCCUGUAGAUUUGCCAUUAGCUCCACUUUCCUCAAAAUCUCUUACAGAAAGAAAUGGGUGUGAAAACUUUCUCGGCAAUGAAUGUUAGUCAUUCAGCAGGGACCAUAAAGACCUUUAGCCAUCUAGGGUAGUGAGGUUCAAUAUAUCCAACAAUAUUGGAAAAACAUAAAGAGAAAAUAUGCCUCAGGUGUUUUUGAGCCAGGCUAGGUCAGCUGGAAGGCAAGCCUGUGACCCUGUGAAGCUGUGACUCAAAAAGCAUCCUCUUAAAAGGCGUUUGGAAAAUCUAUUCGAUUCUGGCAGGGAUUUUUCAGACAAUGGCUCCACAAAAGAAAACAGUGUGCCUUGAUGAGCAGCAAAAACAUUUCCUUGAGAGGAAGAGAGGAGAGAGAGAUGGCUAUUUAAGGUUGGGGGGGUGUAGUCCAGUCACUAUCUUGCAUAUUAUGAUAAAUAACAUGUUUUCUUUGGCUGUGUCAUAUGAAUGCUGUGGAAGGUGUGUUGGCUGCACAACCACCCCAGGGCAUCUGUACCACACUGUGGUCCUGAAAAUCAAUGUAUGGCUCCCAGAAAGGUGCACUUGCCACUUCUCUGUGAUGUCCUUCCCCCACUAACACACACACACACACACACACACACACACACACACACACACACACCAUUCCAGUUAAUGUUAACAUGCAGCUCUCUUUGGGGAGAUACCCAUGCUGGUGUUGUACCUCCUUGGAGGUCACAUUAUCUGCUCAUUCCAAACUAGUAUUGAAGGAGUGUGGGAAGAUGCAACAGCCACUCUGAUAAAUCCAGAGAAUGGCACAGAAUGGCACUGUGCUGUGGAUUCUUGCUUUGCUUGACCCAAGGAACCUUGCAGCCAUUUCCUCAGAGCCAGAGCAGUGGAAGAAAUGCCCUAACCCUUUUGCCCAAGCCCCCAAUCCUGAAACUCUGACAAACACAUAACCUUUUAAGAGGGUCUCUGAAAACUGGUUUCACGACCAGCAAAAGAACUUUCAGCUUUCUCAAGGGCUGUUGCAUUCAGCAUCUCAGGUGUACAAAAAAGCAGCACUGAGCAGAAACGUAGCAAGAGAGGUACAUGUUUGUGUUCUCCUUAAACUCAGCUAAUUGGAAACUGAGAAAGAGAGAUGCAUAAGGUGCCUUACGGCAUGAGAGUAGGCAUGACCCUUAUCUUCUUGCAGGCAGGUGGCCUAAUUCACCUCUUGUUCUGGAUCUGAAACCCAGAGAGGCCUUCAUUGAACUAAUAUGGAAUUGAAGAAUUUGUGUAGUAUGGCUCUUCCCAAAACCAGAAGCACCCCAUCUAGACUCAGUGCCUAGCUUCUCGGUAGGAAUGGUUCUGACUUUGGGUUCAUAGACUUCCUUACUGUUUUUGUUUUAACCAGCCUGUGUACUACCUAAAAAUGAACCUACCGUAUAUUACUUGUAUUUUAUUUACUAAUAUUUUUUCUGCCCUUAUCUUCCCAUUCCCUUAAUUUAAUUACUAUGUGUUUGUCUUUCCAAUUAAGCUGCUAUAUGAGAUAGAUAUAAUCCUGCAGAAGCAAAGCACCUGAUCUCACUGGUAGAGGUGAGCCUUUCCUUUGCGUAACCUCUUUUCUCCCCAAAGGUGCUACCAACAUGUUUGACUUCUGCAGGAUCUUGCUCACUGUGUUUAAUCUGUAAACACAGUUCUAUAUAGACUUUCAUUUAUGUAGCAACAUGUAUAAUUCUUAUGUAGUGCCAAAGAGCAGGAAAUCCCCUGAAAUAAGAGCUUUCCAUGGGUUUACUGAAAAUGUCACUAACGCUUGCAGGACAGGCUCCAGUUUAUGAGAAUCUCCCCAGUUCCACAAUUACUGCUAAUUUUGCCAAACACCACCCACUUCCCCACCUUCCUUAGAAUUUUGGGGACAUCUUUGUUUGUUUUGUUUAAAUGCUACCUGGCUUCUUUCAGAAAAAAGGGAGCUAUGUGAAUCUUGUGGGGUUUGGAUCAAAGGGCAAGAGAGGCAUAACCGACCUUGUUCCCAUGUGAGGCUGAUCUCGAUUGCAGGACAAAAAGAGGAGCCAAUUGCCCAAUGGAAGUGUAUAUUUUGGUAUCUUAAGACUACUCAGGGAAUAUUUUGUGACUUUAGAAGAUACUCAGCCACCUGCCUUUGUGACCUGACAAAUCUCAGAUAUGUUCAAUGUUAAUCAGUACAAACCUGUCUCUCUGUUUCAAGCCAGACCUUAUCUUUUUUCACUCCUUUAGCAAUCCUACAUUGCCAGAGAAUAUAGUAUUAUUAACCUGUUAGUUUUGUAUCCAGGGCCGGCUCCACCAUUAGGUAGAAUGACACUGAGGGGCACACAAAACUGUGUACCAUGUGGCUGACCUGCAUCACCUACCUGCUGCCUGUGGAGUUUGUCCUGGCACUAGUGUUGAAGUUAAGAAUUCAACUGGCAGUCUAGACAGCUUUUGUACCUGGAAUGGGGGAGACACUGACACAUGCUUCCCUUCAGGCAGCAAAAUGACUUCAGUCAGCCCUGGUUUUCUCUCCCUUUAUACCAUAAUCAGCAGCUUCAGAAAAGACAUUUGUUCAUAGCUACAACCUAUUCUUACAGUGAGAUUAUUCUUUCAGAAAUAUAUUCCUUGUCCUGCUCUAAUUAUAUGUCGUUAUCUGCUGCUGUGACAAAAGCAAUAAUCACCAUAUUUCCUGUCCUAUAUUUCUUUGGCCUUCUGCCUCUCGGUUGAGAAAGACACAGAGACAGAGAGAGACAUUUGCUGGGAAUCACAAGCAGGGAGAGUGUUGUUGGAACCAUCUCCUGCUUGCGAGCUUCCCAUUGGCCACUGUGAGAACAGAAUGCUGAUCCAAAAGCGCUCUUCAUACAUCCUUAAUCUCCGGGCCUUGGUUGUGGGAAGACUUAUUAUCAGGAACCGCACUGAGCAGAAACUCCCAUAGACUUGGGUUUGUUUUUUCUACUGCCCCAUUUUCCCAUUGUUCCUGAGUUGUCAGUACCAUUAACAAAUGCCUGUGACUCCAAUAAUGAGAUGGCAGAGCAAGCAAAUAAGCAAAUGUCCCAUUCUGCUCCAAACACUACAGAAUGUACAGUGAGACCAGACCCUGUCUGUCUGAAGAAUGCACUGGGGGGAACCAAAACACCUGCUCUCUUUAUAUAUUCAAAAAAUGUAUUGUAAUUAUUAACCAAAAAUAAAUAAAUAAAAUAAUUUGAUUUUA